ACUGGGGGGGGCCAGGGGAACGGAGACCCAGGGCAGCGAGAGCCCACACGUGGCGACAGACUGGCCAUAGAGCCGGGAGAGAAAGCCGAGCACGGCAGGUAGAACAGUGCAGACGGGGCCCUCAGCCGCCAUCUACUUCCGGCGUUUAAAACAGGUUUCCGGAAGCCAGGGCGGUGUCCCCAUGGCAACCGACGAGGGCUCCAAGAGGCCCUUGCCUUAGAGCACGAGAAACAGCUCUGAUUUGGAGGAUCUAGACGCUGCUCCCUCAGUGCUGGGGAGAGAGCCAGCAGCUGUGUUCUGGAAGACUGUGGAAUGUGCCCUUGGAGGCCCAAGAGAGCAGAAGGAAGAUGCUCCAGACCAGUAACUACAGCCUGGUGCUCUCUCUGCAGUUCCUGCUGCUAUCCUAUGACCUCUUUGUCAAUUCCUUCUCGGAGCUCCUCCGAAUGGCUCCCGUCAUCCAGCUGGUGCUCUUCAUCAUCCAGGAUAUUGCAAUCCUCUUCAACAUCAUCAUCAUUUUCCUCAUGUUCUUCAACACCUUCGUCUUCCAGGCUGGCCUGGUCAACCUCCUGUUCCAUAAGUUCAAAGGGACCAUCAUCCUGACAGCUGUGUACUUCGCCCUCAGCAUUUCCCUUCAUGUCUGGGUCAUGAACUUACGCUGGAAAAACUCCAACCGUUUUGUCUGGACAGAUGGCCUUCAAACACUAUUUGUAUUUCAGAGACUAGCAGCAGUGCUGUACUGUUACUUCUACAAGCGGACGGCUGUGAGGCUGGGGGAUCCUCGCUUCUACCAGGACUCUCUGUGGCUGCGCAAGGAGUUCCUGCAAGUCCGACGGUGACCUCUUCUUGUCACACUGAUGGAUGCGUCACCUUCCUGACGGAAGCCACAUUCGCUGCUCUGAAGGGGCAGUUGGCCCUGUGCACGAGGAGACAGGUUGGCUUUCCCAGCACAGGCUCAGGCCAGGGUGUUCAGCGUUCAAGAAGAGCCUCCACCUUGCACGUUAAAAUGUCCCUAGUACAGACUCCAGUACGUAUUCCUGUACUUCCUUCCUGCCUCAGUUCUUCUCCCUGUCCUCUCCUGCUCCAUACCGUCCACUUCUCUGAACUGUUACUUACAGAGAGCUCUGUGGCUUUUUGUUUAGGCCAGUACAGGAGAACCUCCUAGCACCCACAUUCCUGGCACCACACACUAAUGACUGAAGGGUGCAAAGAGUGAUAUUUAUGUACUCCUGACUGAUCAUACCUUAGAUGCUUAGGUUUUUUAUCCAAGGUACUU